AUUUCCUCCUCAUCAUCACCAUGAGUUGAGUUACAGGUUACAUCUUAUUUCAUAAUCAUUUGUGCUAACAUUUAGUUUCCAUCAGCAACAUCCCAAGAUAAUCAUCACUUAAUCAGUCCUAAUAAUUUUCCCUUUCUCCUUGAUUUAGUUUACAUGAUGAUUACAAGAUUAUCAUCAUUAUCAUUAUCAUUAUCGUUAUUAUCCUCGAUAUCCAGUAAUUAAACUAUAAUUAAUUGUUAAUCUACAAUGUGAUUGAUUUUCCUCUUCUUCUUCUUCAUCAUCAGAUCAGACUUUCUUUUUGUUUCAACUUGGCAAUCAACUCACUGAGAGUUAAUUGUUACUACAAUUACACCUUGGAUUAUGAUUAAUUUGUGACAAUCUAACUGAUUAAAUUGUUUGCUUGUUUGAUUAGAUUGUUUCGAUUGUCGAUUUGUUUAUUAUUAACUUUUGCUUGUUGCUCUCAAAUUGAAAAUGCCUCUCAAACCAAUUUGGGUUCUCACUUGGGAUAUUUUAAUAGUGAUAACAAUUAAAAUCAAAUCAACAAUCGGCGGAAAGGAAAACUGUACAUUUGUAUUCGAGAGUCGAUUCGCCAAAUUUGGUAACUUCACCUCACUCAGUUGGCCUUCCAAGUAUCCAAAUAACAUGAGAUGUAUUUAUUACUUUCGAGGUGAACCUUUCGAGGCCAUAAACAUUACUUUCCUUGCUUUUGACCUGGAGUCGCCUUUUCCUAAAGGUUGUUUAUCUGAUUAUAUCGAUAUAUCAACGAUCACUGCCUUCAAUGUUAAACGAUUAGUGGGACGUUAUUGUGGCUCAACUGUGCCUUCGCCGAUACUUUCGAUGCACCCGAGGGCGGAAAUUAUUUUCAAAUCCAAUCAUGUGGUCAGUAAAAAAGGAUUCUUUGGUUUCUAUGAGUUCGUCGACGAAGGUUUAAUUGGUCCACCGGUGAGGGAGGAAAAAUCCUGUGGUGGUGAUGAAAAAGGUUUCGGUGGGAUAAUCAGUUCACCCAACUAUCCAAAUUCAUUUCCUAAAUCAAUUGAUUGUAUGUGGUUAAUUAGAGUACAACAAAAUCAACACAUUUACCUUAGGAUAAUGCAAUUACAAUUGUUUGGGUCCAUAGCUAAUUGUAAGGAAGCUCAUCUAGCAAUUUAUGAUGGAUAUGAAAACUAUGACUAUGAACACCAUGAGCCUAAAAAAUACUGCGGUGACCUAAAGUAUUAUAAAAGUUUGGACGAUAAAGUUCAACUGAGUGCUAAUAACCGUUUACUAAUUAGAUUCAAAAGUGAGAUUACUGCUCCUCAAUGGGAAGAGCAAGUUGCAACCCAAGAGAUAACUGGAUUUAAAUUAAUUUGGACUGCAGUUACAUUCAAACCCAAAGCUGAUUGUCAACAUUUCCUAUGUUCCAAAUCUGAAUUUUGCUUAACACCUCAGAGUGGGUCAACCUGUAAACGUAAGGAAUACUUUUGUAUUGAUAAAUCAUUGAAAUGUGAUGGGAUUCCCAAUUGUAGUGAACAAGAUUCCUCCGAUGAAGACCAAUGUAACGUUUCCAACCGUUUAUACACAAUUGUUACAAUUCUGGGACUGAUUAGUGUUUCCUGUGGAUUGAUUUGUUUCCUAUGUCAUUGUCGUCGUCGUCGUCGUCGUCGGUCAAAUCUUGAUGACCAUCGAUCGUCAGUGUCUCAAAGUGGCCUUCACGGGUCUGGGUCAUCGGCAUUCACGGUGAAAACAACAUCCGAUGGUUCGAUUAGUGUUAAACAUUUAAAUCAUAGUCCACAAUCAUCAUCCUAUGUACUUGUGGCCAACGGCAGCGGCGGUGGGGAAAAUCAUGAUACACCUUCAUCUCCACCUUCUGAGUUAUUAUUACCUUUGGAUACUUUUUAUCGUCGAUCACAAAAUCAGAAUCAAUACCAACAGGCUAUUAAUCAAUUAAAGAAACAUCAUCAUCAUCAUCAUCAUCAUCGAUCAACGACUAUGUUAACACCCGAAGAUGAGGUCACUUUUACCUCUCUCUUACUAGCAUCGUCUUCGGUUCCUUCAGUGAAUCAUCAUACUGGCUCACUGCGGACUCCUCGACAUCAUUCAAAUAAACACCAUAAUCAACAACAACAAUUAACCAAACCACUAUCGGCAUCAUCACUUGGUAAUAUAAUUGUUUCAACUUCCACCCCACCGGUGGGUAAAUGUUCAAUUCAUGGUCAACGAUCAAAUUUAUUUCAAGUGCCUCCACCACCUCCACUUACCCUUCAUGAUAAUAACUUUUAUACCCUCGGGUCAUCACAAGUAUCAUGAUGAGUUGAUUCAACGACUCAGAGGAUUGUACAUGAGAUUACAAUUAAUUAAUUGCUAAUCGUAAUUGAUAAGGUACAAAGAAACUGAAUCUCAAUUAGUAACAUAAAAGAAAAGUUAUCAAUCUAAUAGUUAAUUGUUUUAAAAUUGAUCCAAAUUUCAACCAAUUAAAUUGUUCAAAUUAAUUUUAAUUGAUAAUAAAAACUAAUCAUGAAUCUUGA